GUAGCUCAUACAGCAUGAGAGGACACUUGGCUGGGAUGCUGAGUCGAGAUAUUGUUGAUGUAAUCACCAGGGGCUGUUAAAACUGUGUGGUUUAAUAACCGAACAGACGGAGGAGAGUCGUUUAGUUUAGCAACUGAUCAAACCAUGUUACGGCAAACGAGGUCGGUGUUCCAGAAGUUUCGGUGUUUAAGUUUCAACGGACAGCAGCAUACAUGGAGGCUGAAGAGCACUUCAGCAACAGAGAGAGCUCUUCAGUACCAGCCAGGGCAGAAAGUACACGGCUUUACAGUCAGAGAGGUUGUUGCCGUCCCCGACUUGUUCCUCACAGCAGUGAAGUUGACCCACGAUAAAACUGGAGCUCAGUACCUGCAUGCAGCCAGAGAUGACUCCAACAACCUCUUCAGUGUCCAGUUCAGGACGACCCCCAUGGACAGCACAGGGGUCCCACACAUCCUGGAGCAUACUGUGCUGUGUGGAUCUGAGAAAUAUCCUUGCAGAGAUCCUUUCUUCAAGAUGCUCAACAGAUCCCUGUCCACAUUUAUGAAUGCCUUCACAGCCAGUGACUACACCAUGUAUCCGUUCUCCACCCAAAAUGGGAAGGACUUCCAGAAUCUUCUCUCGGUGUAUCUGGACGCAGUUUUCUUCCCUUGUUUACGAGAGCAGGAUUUCUGGCAGGAAGGUUGGAGGCUGGAGAAUGAAAACCCCACAGAUCCCAGCUCCCCUCUGGUGUUUAAAGGAGUGGUGUUCAAUGAAAUGAAGGGAGCUUUUUCGGACAAUGAGCGUCUGUACGCCCAGCACCUUCAGAACAAACUGUAUCCAGACCACACCUACUCUGUGGUGUCAGGAGGAGAACCUCUGGCCAUCCCCGACCUGACCUGGGAGCAGCUCAAACAGUUCCACGCCACACAUUACCAUCCCAGCAACGCCAGGUUCUUCACUUACGGAGAUCUGCCUUUAGAGAAUCACCUGAAGCAGAUCCAAGAGGAAGCUCUGUCCAGGUUUGAACGCAUCGAGCCGAACACAGAAGUCCCUUCACAGCCUCACUGGACCAGUCCUAGAGAGGACCAUGUGACCUGCAGCCCAGAUGCUCUGGCUCCAGAUCCCACCAGGCAGAACACGCUCUGUGUGAGCUACCUGCUGGGAGACAUCACUGAUACGUUUGAAGGAUUCACUCUGAGCCUGCUGUCCUCUCUGAUGAUCUCUGGACCAAACUCUCCCUUCUACAAGUCUCUCAUCGAACCCAAGAUAGGAACUGACUUCUCCUGUGUUGUCGGGUAUGAUGGCAGCACCAAAGAGGCAUCGUUCAGCAUCGGGCUUCAGGGGAUGGCCGAAGAGGACACAGAGAGGGUCAAAGAAAUCAUCAGCCAAACCAUCGACGACAUUAUAGAGAACGGCUUUGAGGAGGAGAGGAUUGAGGCUCUCCUCCAUAAGAUUGAGAUCCAGAUGAAGCAUCAGUCCACAAACUUUGGCCUCUCUCUGGCCUCGUAUAUAGCGUCGUCCUGGAACCAUGAUGGUGACCCGGUGGAGCUGCUGCGAAUCAGUGAAAGUGUUGCCAAGUUCAAACAGGCUCUGAAGGAAAACCCACGUUUUCUCCAGGACAAAGUCAAACACUACUUCAAGGAGAACACACAUCGACUGACCCUGUCCAUGAGCCCAGAAGAUGACUACCUGGAGAAACAGGCCAAAGCUGAAGAGGAGAAGCUUCACAAAAAGAUCGAGGUUCUGUCUGACGGCGACAGAAAGGAGAUUUAUGAGAAAGGUCUGGAGCUGCUGGCUGCUCAGAGUAAAACCCAGGACGCCUCCUGUCUGCCUGCACUCAAAGUGUCCGACAUCGAGCCAACGAUUCCCAUCACUCCUGUUGAGACGAGCUUUACAGGAGGUGUUCCGGUUCAGUACUGCGAGCAGCCCACCAAUGGUUUAGUGUACUUCAGAGCCAUGUGUAGUCUCAACACCCUGCCGGACGACCUCAAGCUUUAUGUGCCACUUUUCUGCAGCGUUAUUACCAAGAUGGGUUGUGGAGAUCUAGACUACAGGCAGCAGGCCCAGCAGAUGGAGAUGAGGACAGGAGGCAUGUCUGUUUCCACUCAGGUCAUCCCUGACUCCAACCAUCUGGACACGUUUGAGCAGGGCAUCCUCUUGUUCUCCUCCUGCCUGGAAAGAAACGUUCCUCAUAUGUUUGAGCUGUGGAGCGACAUUUUCAACAAGCCUCACUUUAACGACGAGGAGCGCCUCAGAGUGCUGGUGAUGAUGUCAGCACAGGAGUUGGCCAAUGGUAUUUCCUACUCAGGUCACAUGUACGCUAUGAGUCGGGCCAGCCGAUACCUGACUCCAGCAGGAGACCUUCAGGAGACUUUUGGUGGGAUAGAACAGGUGAAGUUCAUGAAGAGGACAGCCGAGAUGUCCGACCUCACCCACGUCAUCCGAGCGUUACCCAGAAUCAAAAAACACCUUCUGAACCCGGCCAACAUGAGGUGUGCGGUAAACACAACUCCACAGAAAAUGUCUGACACAGCAGCACAGCUGGAGAGUUUUAUGAAGGACGUGGCUGCAAACAGGAGGGAUCACAAACGUGUCAGAGCAAACAUUAUUUCAAAACCACUAGACCCUCAGGAUGCAUGUGGAGCAAGUAGGAAACUAGUAUCAGUCCAGAACUUCCAGCCAUGUCAGAUGAAAACUUACUUCGACAUGCCCUUCCCUGUCCACUUUGUCAGCGAGACUAUUCGUACGGUGCCGUUCUCCCACCAGGAUUAUGCCAGUUUGUGCAUCUUGGCGAGGAUGAUGACGGCAAAGUUUCUCCACGGCGAGAUCCGGGAGAAAGGUGGAGCUUACGGAGGCGGAGCCAGGAUGGGAGGAGGGGGACUGUUCUCCUUCUACUCUUAUAGGGAUCCGAACUCGCUCCAGACGUUAUCUGCGUUCCAUAAAGGCGUCGACUGGGCAAAGUCUGGACGGUUCACCCAACAAGACAUAGACGAAGCCAAACUGUCAGUUUUCUCAGCUGUGGACUCUCCUGUGGCUCCUGCUGAUAAAGGAAUGGGCCGUUUCCUGAGCGGGAUCACAGACGAGAUGAAGCAGAGUCACAGAGAAAGACUCUUCGCCGUCAGUCAUAAACACCUGGUGGAAGUGGCUGAAAGGUACUUCACUGUUGGUCAGAAGAUGUUUGGCGUCACAAUCCUGGGCCCAGAGAAUGACACAUUUAAGAGAGAUCCUUCAUGGCUUGUACUUUAACUUACAAUUUAAAAACUUUUAUGUCCUGAAAACACAAAAGGCAAAGGUCACAUUAGGAUUGUUUUAAAUUAUGGUGAAGAAGCUGAAGCGCACAACAAAGAGGAGAGUGCACUGAUCACGUUUGUCACAUGAAAUACUAACAUUAAUACUGUCUUUAUAUUCCACUGUGUACAUAUGAAAAUUAAAUAUCCCAUUAUAUUGGAAUACAAAAUUUGCUUCAGUGUUUUUAUAUUGAUAUUAAACAUUUAUUCAGUUGA